AUGAACAUCACAAACGAGAGCUGCCUGCCCUCGGCUCAGCACCCGUCCAUCCCCGCGCUCGUGUGCGUGGUGUUCUCCGUGGGUUUCCUUCUGAACGUCUUCAGCCUGUGGGUGUUCUGCUGCCGCCUGUCGUCCUGGAGCGCCGGGACCGUGCUGCAGUUCAACCUGGCCCUCAGCGACGCCCUGGCCACGCCCGUCACCCCGCUCAUCGCCGCCUACUUCCUCAACGGCCACGACUGGGCUUUCGGUCGCUUCCUGUGCCAGGUCAAGAUCGCUCUGAUGUCCUCCCAUUUCUACGGCAGCACCACGUUCCUCACUCUGAUCAGCGUCCAUCGCGUCAUUCGGGAGCACAGGAACCACAGGGAUCGCACCAUGGGGAAGCUCCAGGAGUUUGAGAUCACUUUUGAGGGCAACAAGGUGGUAUACAGCCCGGGAGAGAGCAUCUCUGGCUCCGUGAGGAUCAAAGUGGCCCAGGCGCUCCCGUGCAAAGCUAUUAAAGUAAACUGCAACGGCUUCUGCGGCAUCACGACCAAAGUGAAUGACACGGCGUGGACCACAGAGGAGCAGUACUUCAACACCACUGUCUCUGUGGCAGACAAAGGAACACUGAAGCCCGGAGAACACACGUUUCCCUUCAAGUUUCUAAUACCAGCCACAGCGCCUACGUCUUAUGAAGGAAACUAUGGGAAAAUCAUUUAUAGAGUUCGCUCUUUCAUCGACACGCCUCGAUUCGCCAAAGACUAUGACACUGAAAAGUCCUUCUACCUGCUCAGCCUCCUCAACCUCAACCAAGUGCCAGACAUCUGGGGCCCAAGUCAGUCUGCAGUGACCCAGCUGUUCACCUACAUGCUCAUGAAGACUGGCACCAUGGUCCUGAAGGCUCAGACCGACAUGAAGGGCUAUACUCCGGGACAGGUCAUUCAAGUGACCGCCAAAAUCCACAACCAAUCAGGCAAGAGCAGCAGCAACGUGACAGCCAGCCUCAUGCAGCGUGUUACAUAUGAGACCAAGAAGCCCACACAUGACCUCCGUGUGAUCGCCCAGGUGGAAGGGGGUGUGGUGAAGGCGGGGAAGGAGCUGGAGUGGAGGGAGCAGAUCAUCGUCCCCCCUCUGCCCCAGUCUCAGCUCAACGGCUGUGACCUCAUCAAGAUAGAGUACUAUGUCAAAGUCAGCUUCAAGUCUCCUGACGUCAUGCUGACACUCCCCAUUCACAUCGGAAACGUCUCUCUGGACAAAAAGCACCAGCCUAAAUCCUCUCCCAACUGCCCCGCCUCUGCCGCGGCCUCUGACCCCGCCCCCGCAUCUGCUUCUGCCCCUGACCCCGCCUCUGCCUUAGACUCCUCCCCUGUGGUCACCAGUGCUGCGCUACCCCCGCGCCCCGCCCCCAAACCUGCCCCGCGCUCCCGUAUGUCCUCCUGCCACUCCCCCAGCGCUCCACCAGCGCUGGGGGAGUGGCAAAGGGGCCCAAACGAAGGGGCCCAAGGCGGGGCUGUGACUGAUGGAUACCCCAACAAGAGACAGUCCCAGCUCGUGUCGCCCAACGCAUUCAGCUACGCCCCAGGGCUGUUUUUUGGACAGAAUCAGCAGAGCAAUGCCAGCAGCAGUAGUCCUGGUAAUCCCCAAACACCCUCGAGCUGCCCCUAUCCCGCAGACAACAGAGCGAGUAUGAUGCCAAGCCCCCACAUCCUCCCACCAGACUACUCCACGCCUUCCUAUCCCAGAGAUGCCCCACCAUCUUAUGACGAGAGCUGCAACACAUAA